GAUAGUGAUCAUGUCACAAUUGCUUGCCACGUAUGCAUGGUACACAAUGCACUAUUCGUGAUACACUACUUUCUACGCAACAAAUCACCAAAUGUGUAGUGUAAGUUGUAGCAAAGCGACACGUGAGCGGGAAGGGUUAUGAUCUCGCAAUUCUAUUACUCUUAAAGUAAAAAGAUUUCUAGUUUCUUUGGUGGUUAACCUCCACAAGGACCAGUUUGAAUCUCGUUUUCAUUACACUCUCUACUAUCCACAACUAAAAGCCCUGGCAUGAAAGAUGGCGCCCACGUCCACACUCAACGAAGCAUCGCUUGAUCCGGAUUCUGUAACUAAGGCUCAAUUUGAAACUAUCGCACGAAAGCUACUCCAAGAUAUAUCAUACAAACCUCUCACGACGCCUCAGGAUAUAGAUCUAGAGAGUUUCGUUCUCGAACAAUUACUGAAAGUAGCGCGCGUUCAGCAUCUCGAUCUCAAGAAAAUCCCCCAGAUUGCCAAGUUAAGUGUGCAAGCUGUGUCCCAACUUUAUCCAUGGCACGAGAAGACGCUGCAAAAUCUUAUAGCCAUAUUCACUGGUUACUUCUUCAUCAUCGAUGAUUGCGUCCAGGAUCUCCUGCCCAACUUGCGAGCGUUUCGUCGAAACCUUCUCGCAGGAAUGUCCAACGGGCCCGUUUUGGAUGGUUGGAUGAAGGUUCUGACUCAAAUCGUAACCUAUUACGGGCCCCUCGCAUCGGAUUUUAUGUACAGCAGUACUUUUGAGGUCAUCACUAUGGUCGUCUUUGAAAGUGAAAUGGAGGGAAAUUUUCAUUGUGGCCCACACGCCCCCAAUUUCCCCGGCUACCUCCGCUCAAAGAUUGGGAUCUUGGAACCUUUUGCCAAGUUCAUAUUUCCUGAAAAAGUGUUUCCUGAAGCAACGUGUCUGCAACACUAUCUUCUGGCCACUCCCGAUCUUCUCGAGUUAAAUGCAUCCAUGAAUGAUGUCCUCUCAUUCUAUAAAGAAUCGAUAGUCUCUACGGAACGAAAUAACUAUGUGUACAACUAUUCUGCGGCGCGUGGUCUCACAGUUCACAAAGCUUUAGAAGACAUAGCUGCUAGUCUGGUGGAAUGUAUUAGAAGAUUGAGAUUGCUGUUUUCCUCAAAACCGGAAAUGCUCAAGGUGGUCAACAGUUACAUUGACGGCUACAUUGCGAUUAAUUGGUUACCUCGCUAUCGUCUCUCCGAAUGUGAUCUUCCCCAAAUGCUUACACAGAGUCAGAACAGCCAAGGUUGAGGUCAAAUGGUUGGCACCAGAUGGUCAAGAAUAGCCUCAAAUGGAGAAAGCUGCAUGAAUCAGCUGGCGUGAAUAUUUGUUAAGUUAAUAAAGUUGCAUGAUGGUGGGAGGGUGCUACCGAAUGGCUUUGAUUUAUGAGCUGGAUUUGAAAUAUACAAAUGAGAUUUGUUGUUAUGUAUCACUACUACGUCAACUUGAGACUCGGCGAUAGCUAUCGAAUUUCAAUUUUCUAGCAUGCAAAUUCUUGAAUGCUGUGAUAGGUGGCAUGAUUGUGAUGAACCUUACUUCUGCUGGAGAUCGAGUGGUAAAGUUGACCAUGCAUACUUGAGGCGUCAGCAUGACUCUUCACUCCCCAGCAAAGUGAGUUCUGGUGUGGAUAGAUCAUUAUGAUCCAAACGCAUACUAGCAACAUGCGUGGUAGCACAGCAUGCUCCAGGUCCAUUUCGCAUAACGAAUGUCAUUAAAGCUUGAUGCAUAUUAGUGAUACA